AGCGGGGCGCAACCGACUGAAAAUUCGUGAAAUUCAACGAGCGAUGUGUCAUACGAUUGUCGACGGAAGAAUGGGAGAGAAUUGAAAAAAUUGUUUUGUGUUAUGUAGUUACCCAGCCCGAUCUGUCCAAAUAGGAUUAUGGUUUUGUGACGUCUUGGCACUGAAGAGGAUUAAGCAUGGCUGCAGGAUCGGUGGUGGCUUUUCCCGGGGCCAACUUACGCUUCGGGAGCAGCGCCGCAAACGCAUCGUCCAACGCUACCAAGGUAUUCGAGUGUCACCCUGGCGGCACCGCAGAGGCGGCCCUGAUAUUCGCCCUCGGGACAAUGGGGAUGGCGGCGAACCUCGCCCUCAUGGGGGUCAUACUGGCGAACAGGCAGCUCAGGAGGUGGUCCCAAGGUUUACUCUUCCACCAGGGCUUCGUGGACUGUGCAAGAGCUGCCUUGCUACUUCCCCUAGGGAUAUCAAUCCUCCACUGCCAGCCUGUCCACAAGUGCUCGCUCGUCGAGACCGCUUUCCUGCUCCUGGUCACCGUCGCCACCGUCAACAUGCUGACGACGGUCCUGAACGACUCCCCUGUAUUUCCAGAGGACGACGACGGGUCUGAUGACGGCCUGACCGACGCGCCGUUGCUGAUGGACUCUCCACAGUGCGUCCUCUUCGGUACCUUCAUGAUCUGGUUCGCAUCCAUCACGAUCAACCUUGGACCAACUUUUUUAUCAGGUGCACUAGCAGCCCCCGGAGAGGGGGGGCACAAAGCCCCUUCCUGCCCCCUCAUCUACGGCCCUUUGCGGCAUUACAUCCUGAACGCGCUCUGGAUAGGUGUGAAUUUAGUGUGUGUGUUUCUGACUCUGUUUCACUUGAAAAAACUGCACAAAGACCUCACGAAGGCGAACGUUGAAGCAGUAAGGGUGGCGGGCCUAGUGACGACAUUAGUGAACGUUACCGGGGGCGGUCCCUGCAUGAACGCCUCUGGUGAAAGGGCGACAGGUGCGUUAGAAGAGCACCGAAAAAUGCGGGAGUACCUCAACAGAAUGGAAAGGGAUGGUGUACAGAGGGUCAAAAUGUUCCUUGUGAUAACAGCGGCGUACGUGCUGUUCUGGGGACCGCUUUUCUUCGUAACUUUAGUCAAUCAUCCAAUAGUAGGAAGCCCACUCGGCCACGAGAUAACCCUACACAUAUCAUACGUGCACGCCAUCGUGAACCCCACGCUGUUCCUGGUGCUGCACCGCGGCCUCCGCAGAGCCACCCUCGACCUCUGCUGCGGCUGGAUACCGAUUUGGCUGGGGCCGCCGGUCAAUGUGCCACCGCCCCCCAGCCCUCCGCGGACGGCCGACAUAUCGCUCCUCAAGCCGCCCCUUCCCGUGACCGCCCACCCAGAUAGUUCUAUGGGAGACGCCGAUCUGAGCCUCUGGUCCCAGGACCCCAUGGACGGGAUGAUCCAGAUAGCAGGCGGACAGGUGAGUCCGGAUCUGCCGGGAUCGCCCCCAGAUAGCGACUAGCAUCCGGACUGGGACCGCUCGACCAGGAUCUAGCGGGCGAAACGGCUUGCGGUCUGCUCCGAGGAAGCCGUUCACGAACUCUCAGACUAUUGUGUUCCUUAGUUUUGUAAGUCUCGGGGAAGUGGAUACAGAGCAAUAAAUUCGACCGGUGUAAGAAAUUAGAAAGAUUAAACGAUACCACACACAAAAAUUAGGUUAUUUUGAACAGGCUGUAACUCAGAAAAAAAUAUAGUGGUACUGGAAAAAAGGUUGUAACCAUUAGUAUUCAAAAUCACAAGGGGAAUUGAACUAGCAAAGAUCUAGGUAAAGAAAACGUGUCGUUAUUUAAGGAGAGCAGCGAUA